GGCAACACCAAUUCCGAAUUCCCUGCGGUCACACCACCCAUCAACUAGCUCUUUCUUUUUUGACGUGACAAGCGAGAAAAUGGUGAAGGUUAAGUGCUCCGAGCUGAGGACGAAGGACAAGAAGGAGCUCACCAAGCAAUUGGAGGAGCUCAAGACGGAGCUGCUCAGCUUGCGCGUCGCCAAGGUGACCGGCGGAGCUCCCUCCAAGCUCUCCAAGAUCCGCGUUGUGCGCAAGGCCAUCGCUCGCGUCUACAUCGUGAUGCACCAGAAGCAGAAGGAGAAUCUGCGCAAGGUGUUCAGGAACAAGAAGUACAAGCCCCUGGAUCUGCGUAAGAAGAAGACCCGCGCUAUCCGCAAGGCUCUGUCGCCGCGCGAUGCCAACCGCAAGACCCUGAAGGAGAUCCGCAAGCGCUCCAUCUUCCCCCAGCGCAAGUUCGCCGUCAAGGCCUAGACCGUGCAUCGUUGUCGGUUGUCCAUAUAGUGUGCGUUAAGGUUCUCCAGAUGAAGAAAAGUAAUAAAACCUUUUUUUUAAAGUGAAACGAAAA